GACACAACUGUCACAUUUUGUAUCGACGAAAUAAAUGGAAAGGAAGUGACUUGUUGGUCAAAGAUCAUCAGAUGGGAAAAAAGAAAAGAAAAAAUGUUACCAAAUCACCUGGGACAUAUACAGGGGAAGACACAUCUGUUAAACCAGAGGAAAAGAUCAACCUAGCCGAACAGUUAAAGCAGUAUUUGUUGUCCAGCUCCAAACAGGACAUUUCUCAGGACAAGAGGGGUCUUCCAGUUCCAGAUGUAACGCCACCAGUGCAAGAAAAGAGCAAGAAAAUUGUAACUCAAAAGACUUUUACUAAAGGAAUGAUGGACAUUUCUCUGUUGACAUCUAAUGCUACACAGCUGCGCUCCAUUAUCCUGGACCAACAUAAUACAUUUCGAGACCUACUCAUUGUGCUACUGAUAUUAUCAAUAUGUCUCCAAGUCAUUUCUACAUUAUCACUUAUCCUGGCUGACUCCUUCAAAACAAAUGACACAAAGAAAAAUAACUCAAACCUUAGACGAGGUUUAAGUUUUUUUUCAAUGGCAUUAACCACUCUAGUGACUGUUGUCAAUAUAUUGAUAUCUGCAUUUUAUUUGCCGGGAGACCAUACUCGCCAAUCUAUAGUACACUGACUGAGGAGCUCAAGUGCUGUGUUGUCCAUUUUAUAACACACUGAAUGAGGAGCUCAAGUGCUGUGUUGUCCAUUUUAUAGCACACUGAAUGAGGAGCUUAGGUGCGGUUUUGUCCGUUCUAUAGCACACUGACUGAGGAGCUGAGGUGCUGUGUUGUCUGUUCAACAGCACACUGACUAAGGAGCUGAGGUGUGGUUUUGUCUGUUCUGUAGCACACUGACUGAGGAGCUGAGGUGCUGUGUUGUCUGUUCUAUAGCACACUGACUGAGGAGCUGAGGUGCUGUGUUGUCUGUUCAACAGCACACUGACUAAGGAGCUGAGGUGCGGUUUUGUCUGUUCUGUAGCACACUGACUGAGGUGCUGUGUUGUUUUGUUAUAAAUCAUGUGCAGCCUUUUUUCAAAAUUUUAUGGAGUAAUAUCUGAUUGUAAUUGUCAAGGCACAGGUGCUUCUAGUCGAAAGGAGGUUCUUACUUAUUGUCUGUGGUUAUUG